CUCGGAGCUUACCGCAAAAAUGUUUUUGCCGCACAUAUCGAAUUAGCACCGUUGAUUUCCGACGUACUCUCUCCUAUAAGUGGAAAAUACAACCCACUACGCGGUGAAAAUUACAUUGGCUGGACUUACAGUACUCUUCGUUGAAUAAUGGUCAUCUUAUCACAUACCGUGUUGGCCGAUUUGAUCAAGAUAUAGUUCUGACAAGGUGUUUUCGACUGCGGAGUUAUGUUGACCCUUCGGAUCAGUAAAAUGAUAUACACGACCGUUCGCUCGGCCACUUUAAAAACAAUCCUAAAAAAAAUUCAGAUAUAGUAAAAAUCGAAUCGCGGCAACUCUAAUAUCCCAAUUCAGAAUGCCAUAUAAUGGCUUGCGUAAUACGCUUUGUCUUUCCUCUUUCCUUUAUUUGACUUUACACAUUCAAAUUUUAUCCUUUGAUCUAAUUCACAUUAGAAAAUAUCACCAGUAGCAUGCCUGACACAGAAAAAGGGCAGCCAUCAUUAGCACGUCUAAGUCAUGACGAGCAAGUUCCUGGUACAAAACAAUCGUCUAAAGAAAUUGUAACAUCCAGCAAGAAACAAAGCAUACAAAAAUGGUUCAAAACGUCUAUGGGAGAUAUAUAUAUUCAGGACGACCCGAUGGCUUACUCCCGGUCAAAGAAGAAUGCUAUCAUCUUAGUCGUAGCAUUAGGUGGUGUCUUUGGCCCACUGGCAAGUAUGAUCUACAUGCCUAGUCUGGUGGAUAUCGCAAAUGCACUACACACAUCAACUGCUUCAGUCAACGCUACUGUUUCGACCUAUGUGGUCUUCCUGGGUAUCGGUCCUCUGGUAUGGGCCAGUUUUAGCGACAUCUACGGUAGAAAGCGCAUGUAUUUGAUCAGCAUAAUUAUCUUCAUCAUUGCAUCUAUCAUAUGCGCUAUAACAGACAACAUUGUGCUCCUGGCUAUAUUUCGAGCUAUUCAAGCCUGCGGUGCAUCUGCUGGGCAAUCUGUUGGCGCUGGUGUCAUCUCAGAUGUCUUUCCCACUGCAGAACGAGGCACUGCCUAUGGAUUCUUUUACAUCGGACCGCUAUGUGGGCCCGUCAUAGGGCCAUUGUUAGGAGGAAUUUUUGGACAAUUUUUGGGCUGGAGAUCCAAUUUUUACUUCCUUGCUAUAGUGGGAGGUUUACUGUUCGUGAUGGUGCUGUUCUUCCUACCAGAAACUUUGAGAAAGAAAAAGUUGGAUGAAGCAGAUCUAUCCGAGCUGAAAGCAACCGCUAAGAAAGAAAGCACACUUAAGCGUGUUUUCGCGCCAUUCAAACCGAUGAUCGGUCUACUGAGUUAUCCUAACGUUAUGGUCAUCACCAUGUAUAACUCAGUCAUAUUUGGAUCACUAUAUUUUAUGAAUCCUACCAUUACACAAACCUUCACAGAAUUAUACCACUACAAUGAUUUAAUCAUAGGACUUUGCUACCUUCCAUUCGGUUUCGGACUCAUGGUUGGAUCCAUCGCAUCUGGAAAGUUUUCAGAUUAUCUUCUCGCACGUAGGAAAAGACAAACAAAUGGUAAAGUGGCACCGGAAUACAGACUCUUGGCCGCAUUUCCAUCUGUGAUACUUUUGCCUCUUGGAUUCCUUGGAUAUGGAUGGAGCACGCAAAAAGGCGUGGGUGUCUGGCUACCAAUGAUCUCCUUGUUCGUAUACGGCUUAGGACAAAUGUGUGCCUUCAAUGCCUCUUCGAUCUAUCUUGUAGACAGCUCUCCCGGCAGGAGUGCAAGCGCCAUCGCAGUUAAUAACUUUUUCCGAACCGUCGCCGCAGCUAUCGUCACUGCAUUUUCCAUUCAGUGUUUGGACGCUAUUGGACCUGGUAUAUUGUUUUCAAUUCUAGCUGGCCUCAAUGUUCUUAAUAUUGUCAAUGUCUUAGUCUGCAUGAAGUUUGGCGAAAAAUGGAGAAAGAAAGCCAUGGUACGAGAAGGUCUUGGUAAUGGAGAAGCCUCAAGUAUAAAGCCGAACGAAGAAACCAACUUGGAGGCAACGCUCUCACGGUGCGAGUCAAUAGCAUAGAUAACCUCCCUAUACCUAAUAGUGAACCCCAUUUACUCCAUUUUUUCGUUAUUGUAUUUAAUGUAAUUGAAAAUAGCAUCAUUCAUAACAUCAUUUUUUGCUAGGUUUACUCUGUCAUGUUGUCUUUAUCACGUAGAACACAUUGCAUUCUGCUUUCGACGGAGGUCCAACCUUUUAAUUUUGCACAGGGCAGCUUCCAUAAAUUUGACUGCCGCCAAUUACAUUUUUCGUGAUUGAAAUUUUUCGUGUA